CCUGCGUCUUUGCGCACACCCGGAAGCCGCGCGCAGCGGAGCCCGGCGAGUGUGCGGCGGCCAGGAGGCGAGAUGGCAGCGGGGCAGAAUGGGCAUGAAGAGUGGGUGGGCAGUGCAUACCUGUUUCUGGAGUCCUCCCUGGACAAGGUGGUUCUGUCUGAAGCCUACACAGAUCCCCAGAAGAAGGCGGCAAUAUACAAGGCGCUGCAGACUGCGUUUUCAGAGAGUGCGGACAGUCCUGAUGUACUGCAGAUACUCAAGAUCCACUGCAGCGACCCGCAGCUCGUCGUGCAAUUGCGGUUCUCCGGGCGCCUGCUGUGCGGCCGGUUCCUUCAAGCCUACCGCGAGGGGGCGCUGCGCACCGCGCUGCAGAGGUGCAUGGCCCCGGCACUUGCCCAGGAAGCGGUGCGGUUGGAACUGGAGUUGCGUGCUGGGGCAGAGCAGCUGGACCCUUUGCUGACCGACGAGGAGCGGUGUUUAAAUUACAUUUUAGCCCAGAAGCCGGACCGGCUCCGGGAUGAGGAACUCGCAGAACUGGAGGAUGAGUUUCGCAAACUGACGUGCGACCGCACUGACUCGAGUGAAGCCUUACAGGUUGAUUCAGCCGCUUCAAAGUCCCCAGUUCCCUCUCUGGCCGAGGAGAAGUCACUGCCGGCGGCCUGCCAUACUUUUCUGUUCCAUGGUCAGCCCAUAGUGAACCGGCCACUGAAUCUGCAAGACCAGCAGACGUUCGCGCGCUCAGUGGGUCUCAAAUGGCGCAGGGUGGGGCGCUCGCUGCAGAGUAGCUGUCGAGCACUGAGGGAUCCUGCCCUCGACGCGCUGGCCUAUGAGUACGAGCGAGAUGGGCUAUACGAGCAGGCCUUCCAGCUGCUGAGCCGCUUCAUACAAGCCGAGGGCCGUCGUGCCACGCUGCAGCGCCUGGUGGAGGCGCUGGAGGAGAACGAGCUCACCAGUCUUGCAGAGGAUCUGCUAGGCUUGGCCUAGGUCUGGUACAGUGGGAAGGGCAGUCAAUCAGCAGUUCAGCCAGGGUUUGGACCCCACCGGUGGCUGUUGAGGUCUUUUUACUGCUGCUGUUGCUAUUGCUGACUACUUCCCAUGCACUGGACUCGGAGAGCAUACGAACACCCCCAACCCUCGCCCCACUUUGCCUCGCUGCUGGAGCAGAACCGACGGCCUUCCCAGGAGCCAGGCAAGGAGCCUCAGGGGCUCCGUCACUGAGGAUUCUACCAUAAAUUCUUUGAUGGAGACAGUGUAGAUGUCCUUGUCUUUCCAUCCCAAAAUAGGACUUCCUACAACUUACCCUAAGUACCUGGACCUUCUGAGGUCUAGAUGUCAAUCAAGGUGCUGUAAAUACUGUUGCGAUCAGGAUGCACGAAACUUCCCUGCCCUUGGCUCAUACUCAACGUGGACCUAAGCACUUUGCAACGAUAAUAAAAUAUAACCCUUUUA